ACACCAUGCUCCAACUAAAGAACAAGUGGGAUAAGUUGAAGACUGAUUACAGCAAUUUCAGAAAACUCAAAUUGAAGGAGACUGGUGGUGGGUGGGACUAUGAGAGAAACACCAUCAAACAAGAUGAUGAAUGGUGGAAGAAAGCAAAGAUAGACAUCCCUGGCUGUGGCAAGUUCCGAAAGCGCGGACUUCGAAAUGAGAAUAACUUAUCUAUCAUGUUUGCUGACAUCACAAGUGAUGGUACAGAUCACUGGAAUCCUGCUUCAGGCACCAUUCCCCAAUCUAGCAGUGCAACUUCAGUUUUCAAUGUGGACGACAUACAAGAUGUUGAUCUGGAGGAGACCCAAACAGGUGAGUCACAUGUCGAUGGAAAAGGGAAGAGACUUGGCAGGUAUGUGGAUGGCAAUAACAAGAAGCCAAAGACAUCUCUUGUUAUACAAGAACAGAUAACCAGGGUUGGAGAUAUAGCAGAGAGGACCCAAUCCAGCUUUGAGUCAUACAUGAAGAAAGAAGAGAGUUCAUCGAUUACUUCUGUGAUGGAUCUGGUUGUUGAGUGUGGUGCAAUAGUAGGCAGUGAUGAAUAUUUCAUUGCUAGUGAACUAUUUGUGAAGCGAGAGCAGAGAGAGAUGUUCCUGCAUAUGACUGAAAGUGCUGCUCGUUUAGAUUGGUUGCGUAGGAAAUACAACAGCAAGUAUGGGCAUUAGAUGCUACUGCUGUUGUUUUUGCCUAUUGGGAUGUAAUACUAAUUUA